GCCGGUAUAAACGGUGCUUUCUCGCAACUCCUUUCAGUUGUGUUGUUACCUACUUACUGUACACUUGGAGAAUAGUAUGUAUAAAGAAGUUCACCAUCAAGAAAUCAAACACGAGUGCUCACGAUCGGGAGGGCUCCACGCGUAUCCCGAUCACUUUAGGGAAACGUACCUUUAAGAACACCAGUUGAAUCCAUGAACAUCUGAAGGUUCUUGUCCUCUGGUAGGACUUUGUAUAUAGUGUACAUAGGAUCAUUUGUCUAAUAAAAAGAAAUCCCGCUGGAAGGAAACGAGCGAGUUCAAAAGGGAAAAAUUACUGUCACGCUGGAAGAAAUUAGCCAAUUUAUCCAAGAAUCCUGCACCAUCCUUCACGAGGCAUCCACGCUCACUUUUAACAGCACGCAUCAGCAGUAAUAAGAGGGAAAAAGAUCUUGGAAGAGAAAAAGAGUGACCAAACAGCGGAAAUCAUGAAGCAAGGAAUGUCGGACGACUUUUCACUUGGCGUGAAAUUACUUACCGCAGGCACCGCGGCCUGCAUCGCCGAUUUAGCCACCUUUCCGUUGGACACCGCCAAAGUCAGAAUGCAGAUCGCGGGAGAAGGCCAAGCUCUGUUGCUGGCAUCAGCGGAAGGAUCGGUCUUUGCAGUAAGAACGAGCCAGCCAGGAUUGUUCCAGACCGUCGCAAACAUCGUCAGAUAUGAAGGCGCAAGGAGCCUGUACGGAGGUCUGUCCGCGGGACUCCAGAGACAGAUGUGUUUCGCCAGCAUACGAUUGGGCCUCUACGACAGCGUGAAGUCACUCUACGCUGGAAUCUUCGACGGUAACAAUAAGAUCGGUACAUCGAUGAACAUUGGCGUACGUGUUGCCGCGGGAAUCACGACGGGCGCUUUGGCAGUGAUGAUCGCUCAGCCGACUGACGUCGUUAAAAUCCGCAUGCAGGCUGGGAAUAAUGGACGAUCAUCGGUAAGGUAUAGCUCCACUCUACAGGCAUACAAGAGUAUCGCUAGUGGAGAAGGCGCGAAGGGUCUUUGGAGAGGAACCAUGCCGAAUGUCUCGCGUAAUGCUAUCGUGAACGUGGCGGAGAUAGUCUGUUACGACAUUAUCAAGGACCUCAUUCUGGUUAGCGGUUAUCUUAGUGACGGGAUACCGUGUCAUUUGACCGCCGCGACCGCCGCAGGACUCUGUACCACCCUGGCGGCAAGUCCCGUGGACGUCGUGAAGACGCGUUACAUGAACAGCAUCGCUGGCGAGUACAAGGGCGCGAUAGACUGCGCUAUCAAGACCUUCGUCCAGGAAGGUCCCACCGCGUUUUAUAAAGGUUUCGUGCCAAGUUUCUCACGUCUGGUAUCCUGGAACAUCGUAUUGUGGGUGACCUAUGAGCAGAUGAAGUUGCACAUGAAGAAGCUACAUGGCAUCGAGUGAAGUCCUCGAUUACUUACCAAACCCGAUUAUUCUGCCGAACCG